AUCGGACCCAUUUUAAAAUGGAGAAUUCUCCUGUGUCAGAGCUGAGCUUUAUGCCAACGUUUUCUUCAAACCAAGAAUCUGAGGGAGACAAGACAAGCUUUGAAACCGCUGCAUCGUCAGUGAAUUGUUUUGCCGAGGUUGUUGUGACUCAAAAUUACCCAGAUAUGUCAAGGGGUGUUACAAUAUCAGGUAACGGAGUGGCAACAUUUGCUGUAAGUUCAAGUGGAGCUCUCACUUGUCCAGGUGGUGUGCUUAACAAUCAAGUAGCAGUUGUGACAGUUCCUGAAAGCCAGUUGUUUGCUGUCCAGCAGCCUGAGCAAGGUGAUUCAAUUCAACAAAACACUGACUUAAACAAUGAAGAUGAUGUUACAUCUGUCACUCCCAGUUCAUCAAAUGUCACAGAUCCUAAUGAACUAACCAUAAAUGUGCUACCACCUUCCACUUCUCUCCCAGAGGGUAGUGUGUUAGCAGAGGAAGCAUCAAAUACUGCACCCACAGGGGUUAAGAAAAGAAAAGGUGGUUGGCCUAAAGGUAAAAAAAGGAAGAAGGGAUUUGGUGAUUUAAAUAAGCCAAAAGCCCCAAUUACUGGGUAUGUGAGGUUUAUCAACAGUCGACGGGCUGAGGUGAAACAACAACAUCCUCAUCUACAGUUUUCAGAAAUAACAAAGAUACUUGGUUUGGAGUGGAGCAAUCUUCUGCAAGAGGAGAAACAGAAAUACUUGGAUGAAGCUGAGGAAGAUAAAAAACGUUACAUUGAAGAGCUUAAAAUUUAUCAACAAUCUGAACAGUACCAGGCAUUCAUAAAAAGACAAAGUGCCAAGAAACUCAAGUCCAUUGUUGGAGUAGAUACCCCUGAAGAAGUGCCGUCUAGCUUGUUGUUAAGUGACCAAGUGGAAGAUGAUUCCAAUGAAUUGUACUGCAAAGUUUGCAACCAGUUCUUCAGCUCCUUACAUAACAAGAAGGAACACUUAUUUGGAAAACAGCAUCUUUUGAUGCUUACAGGCGAAUUUGAACGUGAAGCUGAACAAAAUGCCAACGGCACAGAGAAAGUUCCAAAUGACUCUCCUGACCUGGCUCCUUGUAACACUGUCUCAGAUACUAUAGGAACAUCACUGAUAUCAGAUGAAUCAAUGGUGUCUAUCUCACAGUUUACAGAAAAGUUCUUGGAACAAAACUUAAACAGAGAACUGGAACUGAGAGAGCUUAGAAAAGUGGUCCUCAUGUCACAGGAGGAGAACAUGACACUCAACAAAGAUAUGGAGGAGCUUAAGAAUUUAUUGCAAAAAGUAGAAGAUGAUCUUGGGUCGGUGAAAGCUUACGGAGCGUCACUUACAGCUCAACUUAAUAGCUUAAGGAUGGUGCCAACUCUGUUUGGGGUGAUUAACUUUUAGAUCGGACCUUGAAAUAAUACUCCACAACUCUACCAUCAAAGAUCGUCCAACUUUGCCCUUAAUGGUUCUGAAAGUUGAUUUGUAACUGACAAUCACAAUGAAUAACGCAAUAGUAUGCAGCUGUCUGAGUAAGACUUCAAAUGUUGCAAAGCAACGUGGAAACGAGUACGUGAGCGUUCUGGGUGUGUACGAUUACCUGUGAUCAACCAAGAUACGAACAUGUCUGCGUUUACUUGUUGCAGGCAUUCUGAAACUCCAGGAACCUGAAUUUUUUUUCUGUAUAUUGUUACACUUCUGUUUCAUCGUGCAUGUUUUGCCUUGCAGCCCGAACCAACUGUAAAUAUAUAUAUAUAUAUACAUACACACACACACACAUAUAUAUAUAUAUAGAAUAGUUUAAGUACAUAUCCUAAAGAAAGAUACAUAGUGCUCGUGAAAAAAUGGAGAAAGGAAGUGUCCAUCAUUACAGAGUUACUUUAGACGUCACUUUUAAGAAAAGUGCAAGCCUUAAAUAGUCAAACUAUCACGUUUUAUUGAGGAAUAUAUUACAUAAAACUGAAAAACAUUCCGGUGGCAUUGUACAAUAAUAUAGUGUCGCGAAAACAAAUAUCCAAUCAUCAUUUUUGUUACAUCUGAGACUAUAUAAAGCAUAUUCGUUGGAGUGAAUCGUGCAACCUCGAUUAACCAAUAUAAAAAGAAGGGACUAUUUUCUGAAGUUUCUUGUUGGCUCCCGGCUUCCCGUCUGCAAUGCCUUUAAGGGCCUUCCAAGCAGUCUCGAAAUUUCGAUGAAAUACGAAGAGUGGGGAGGGAGUGAAAAUCUUUCUUCUGGUAGUAACUUGGUUAAAAAUAACCUCUGGAAGCUAUAAUAUUUGUACGGCAUUCCCACCUUUGACACUCUAGUGUAAACUGUAUCUAACAUUUGGAUACACAUGCAAGGCCCGUGUGUGGGAUCGCCUUAAGGGAAAAAACCUUUCGAUCAAUUCUUUGCAUCCUUGCCACUCUCUGGUAUAACUUCGCAUUAACAACUCAGACAUUGAACACGAGUACUUUCAUCGAAGUGUUUCGAUUGAAUAACGUUCUUUAUGGUCUGUGUAGUUCUGAAAGAUGCUGUAUCUUACUCAGUAGCAGAGGCGGGGCAGAAGCAAAUUCCUUAUUUAGAGAUGCUGCGGGAUAUUGAUGUUUUCAUGGAAGGGCCUCUGUAGAAUGUUAGCAGACAGCGUUAUCAUGAACAUGGUCAAUAACUGUUCAUAUAUUGUGCGAAGUUUCAGAAAGAGGGCGAUGACCUUGUUUAGGCGCUAGUUUUUGAAAUGCUGAAUCAUGCUUCUUUUUGCCUCCCAGAAGGAACACAAUUGAGCCUUUGUCAUUCACGUUAAUGUGCUCAGUUUGUAGUUAACAGUGGGAGAGUAAUCCUUCAGAUGUCAAUUGAGAGAAAUUACCUGCAUUGUUCCUUUAUUCGUUGAGAGCUGCGAUUUAAAGCUUUGAUUUCCUGAAAUCAGCGAAGUGGAGGUCAUUAUCUACCCAUGGGUCUAAAAAUAUUGCUACACAAAACUAACACCCAAUAUUUGUAAGAUUUACUUGGUUAUAGGCAUCUUCAGAGAAUAUGAUGAGAAUUUUAAGCGUGCAAAAACGGUAAACAUUGCUAUUAAAUUGAGCACUAGAAAUGAAA